CCCGCCCCACGCGCGAUGCUUCCGCGCGGGACAUGGCGGCGGCGGCUGCUCCCGGCCUGGAUGGGGGCGGCGGCGGGGGACGAGCGAGCGGCCGUGGCGCCCCCCGCCAAGGCCGGGCGGCGGAGGAGGCAGGCGACGGCAGGGCCCAGGGCGGCGGCGGUGGUGGUGGUGUACUGCAUGAAUGAGGCGGAGCUGGUGGACGUGGCCCUGGCGGUGCUAGCCGAGAAUCUGCAGCGCAAGAAAGGCGAGGAGAAGGCCCAGUCCACGAGCGAAGAGGAGCUGGAGCUCCAGCCAACACCAAACGAAGCUCCUGGAAGCACAGCCAGCACCGGGGGAGGCAGUGACCGCAGCCCGGCUCUGCCAUCCCCUCCUGACACUGAUGCCGACGCAGAGAGGACAGGCUGGGAGGACUCUGAGGACGACAUUCUGAAAUACGUCAGGGAGAUCUUUUUCAGCUAACAUUGCUUCCUCUGCAGCUCCCCAGGAGCAAAGUGGACAGUGGGGAGGGUGUCCCCUCCCACAGCACUGAGGAUGGUGGGAGGAGAGCCUGGAGUGGGCUAUCUAGCUGCUGUGUUGGUGGCCUGUGGAGCUGGUAGGAGGCCCAUGAAGGCCGUGGGGGGAAAAGGAGAGGGGCACUCACAUCUCCCAGUGUGUGCUGGGUUCAGUGGGAUUCGGUUACGUUCAUUUCUAUUUGGCAUUUCAGAGCCUGGACAGAUUAAAGAGGAUAUUUG